AUGAUUGUUGACAUCCAAGGAGUCGCGGAUAGCCACACAGAUCCGCAAAUUCAUUCAGCAGAUGGUCGUGGAUUUGGUGUUGGAAACCUUGGGACUUUUGGCAUGGAGAAAUUUCUUGAAAGUCAUCGAUGUAACGAAGUCUGUCGAUGGCUGGGACUUCGUAGUAUUAAUGAACAAUACAAGCCGGGUGGAACUGCUGCUCCAGGUUAUGAGAUGCCUUUUGGAGGAGCUAUUAAAAAAUCCACAAAUCGAAUAACAGAAGAACGCAAUACGUUCUCUACAUCAGUCACAGUCAGUGAAGCUUUUGGAGAUACGGCUACUGGAGGGUGGACGGAGCGUGAAGAUUCGAGGGUAGAGAGCGGAGAUGAAGAGGAUGAGGACGAGGAAGAGGAUGACGACGACGAUGACGAGGACACUGUCGAGCAUUCGGAUUCAGCCUCUUAUGCUAUAGACUUGUCGCCUGCGAUAUCGGGGCUGCAGCCGCGGCAUUCGAAAUCGAAGCGGCCAAAACAGAGAUUUUUUCGUCUCCUGCUGCCUUACGUGGUCGGGGUAGUGGGAGAUCAGGUAGCAGGGAGUCCUGGUGCUGGAGGAGAUAGCCUCUGGGCUUGCGUUUUUCGGAUAUUACUGUGUGGGUGUACGUGA